UUGAUUAGCACAUUAUACAAUCAAUAAUGACCUUUUAAAACAAGAUUACACUAGAUGACUACCAACCUUAUAUAAUUAGACACUACAUGAUUGGUUCUCCCAUUGGGCCAUUACCAUAAAAAAAUGGAGCUAAACUCUACAAGAAUUAGCCUCAGGCCAUUCAAAAUCAAAGAUGUUGAUGAUUUUAUGAUAUGGGCAGGUGAUGAUGAGGUAACCAAGAACCUCCAGUGGAGAACCAUCAGUUCUAAGGAAGAGGCCUUGGCUUAUAUCAAGGAUGUUUGCAUACCACACCCUUGGAGGAGGUCCAUAUGCAUCGACGACCAUUCCAUCGGGAUGAUCACAAUCUUCCCUGAAUCAGGUGAUGGACGAUGCCGGGCACACGUAGGGUAUGCUGUGUCUAAGGAGUACUGGAACAAAGGGAUAGCUUCAAGAGCUUUAAAGUUGGGUAUUAAUCAGGUGAUUAAGGAUUAUCCUGAUUUGGUUAGAUUGCAAGCUUUUGUUAGUGUGGAAAAUAAGGCCUCUCAAAGGGUUUUAGAGAAGUGUGGGUUUCUUCAAGAAGGGUUGUUGAGGAAAUAUAGCUAUGUUAAGGGACAGUUAAAGGAUAUGUUCAUCUAUAGUAUUUUAUCAACAGAGUUAUUAUCAUCAGUACAUCAUUAGUGAACAUCAUUUGGUUCAUAUAGUGGUAUGAGUUUGGAAUCAGGAAAGAAAUCAAGGUAGUAUAGGUUUGAAACUUGAUACCUAAUAUCAUGUGUUUGGUUUUAUUUGGAAAUGAAUUUUUUUUCUUCUAUUUUGAUA